AUGGAGGAGUCACUAAGAAAGUUUGCCGAGGAAAAUUUCGGUAAGAGAUGCUUCCCCGCUCUUCACGGCGAAAUCGAUAAGGUACAACCCCUGACAAUGGUGGUACAAAAGAAUCGGCCUCUAUGGAAGCGACCUUUCGUAAAAUUGGAAGUCAUAGUCCUUGCAGAACUGGCGAAAUAUGUUAAAAGUGAAGAAGAUACUAAAGCGUUUCGUGAUUACGCGAAAUGUAAGAUCAAAGAGGAAAUGCUUAUCUCAUCGCCGCACGAAACAAUUGCCAUGGGAUGCAGGUAUGAUCACACUUUAACCCAAUUUUUUCGGGCAUGGCACAUUAACGUGUUACAUCUUAACAAAGUAUGUUUAAAAAAAUAAAUAAAUAAAUAAGAAAAAAUACUGGCAAGAACAUCACGAAAGUCAACCGCAAUUUUUUGUAAUUAGUCCUGGCUUUCUCGCUGCUCUCAAAACUGUUUUUACCGGACGACGAGUUGAAGCAAGUGAGGUAAAGCUCCCGGUGCAGCGUUGUUUUUUAACAUUCACGGAAGGUUUCUCAAAGGUGCAUUCUUCGAACGCCUUCAGUCAUUCUUCUAAUAAUGAGGAUAAUACUUGGUCUUUAUUCAGAUGAAAACACACAUCAAAAGUUAAAAAAAAUAAAAUCAACUCGAACAUUUAAAAAUAAGCACUUACGAGAUGAAAAUUGACCACACUGUUCAUUCAUAUUCGAAAAAACAAUCUAUUAAGGAAGCUGUUCAUAGACGUUCUGAACAUAAUUUUGGAAAUGUGCGUCACAUUUCAAAUGAAAUAAAUGGAGAUUCCAGUCGACGUCAUCCACAUCGACAUAACCCCUGUCAUUGAUGUCAUCAUAGUCAUCAUUGCAAUUGUUAUCGUCCUCAUCACUCUCAAUGCUACUUUCAUCGUUUAAAUUCGUCUUCGCAAUCGAAAGUCAUAACAUUUUCAUCGUCCACAUGAUUUUCAGUAUCACUGUUUCUGUCUUUAUCAUUGUGAUCGUCAUCAUCAUUGUCGUUUUCGGUGUGGUUGUUACUUUCACCGUCUUUUUCAUUACUAUCGUCGACAUUUUUGCUGUCACCGUCGGUUUUGACUGUCAUCGUCAUCAUCGUCAUUACCAAUGCUGCGUUACUACUUUGUAACAGACCUCGCUCACCGAGGAGUCUCUGUGGCUCAGUAGUAAAGUAUCGGCACGCGAAAUCCGAGGGUCUGAGGUUCGAUUCCCAGCGGGGACUCAGAAGUUUUUCUUUGUCACACGCUCGUGACAAGACGAAAAAAAAAUAUUUCUUUAUCCUUAUUAUUGUCAUUGACAAUGCUAUUGUCUCGAUCAAUGUUAUUUUCUUUAUCAUCAGUCAUUGCCUUUGUCCCUCUGUUAUUGACAUCGUCGUUUUCUUUAUCUGUGACAUUGCAUUGCUUUUGGUUAAUGUCAUUGUCAUCUUCUUUUUCUCUGUCACUGUUAUUGCCGUUUUCGUUUCCAUUGCAAUUGUCGUGUGGAAGUCACUCUCUCUAUGUCUGUCAGCAAAGGAGCUGUUGUAUCAUUUUCUGAAUCAGGGAAACACACUUCCUCUUUAUUUCCCGCUGACAUAACUAGUUGUUAUCAUUAUUUCAUAUCAUUUUGAGUUACGUAGAAAUUUGUAUAUAUUUUUUUAAAUCUAGAGAACAAAGCCUUGGUGUGGGUGUUGGAGGAAUUUUGGAGGGAAACAUCAGAUUAAGUAAUGAUCAAGGGGUUCUGAAACUGGGAAAACUUAGCCAGAAAUAUAUCGAUGAUCCAGAUCUCCGUAGCCUUUUAGCAAAGACCGCAAUGGAUCCUACCUUGAUGAAGAGUUUCGCCGAAGGGGAUAAACUGCUUCUUAUCACUUCUGUGGUUUACAGUGAGAAGUUUGAAUUAACAGGGCAGAGAAAAGAAGAGGUAAUGGCCACUUUUCUUUAACUCGAUAAAUAAAACAAACAAAGGAGUUCAACUGUAAUUAAGGUUUAACCUCUCCGCCCUUACCAUUUCCAUCACUUUCCUUUAAGGCUCAAGCUUGUUUGAUUGGGCUCCCAAGAUCAAGAAAUCUUCUCAAACUGGUUUUAGCGAGGAUGAUAGACAUUAACGAACUUAGUUUUUUUUAAAACCCUUUUUUUGCUUCGAGUGAACCAUAGGAUUAGAAACGGAAAGUUCAUUAAACAAAUAGACCGACUUCAUUUAGAACUAGCUGGACUUUCAUACGAAUGUAACAGUAUUUGAAACUCAUGAAAUGACCUACUAAGAGGAUUUUUCCGUCGUCUGCGAUUCAGUGAUUGGCACUGGUAUUCUUUAAGAUACUUUUAGAUAUUAUUACAUAACGCUAACUUACGCACCCGAACCCAACGACCCUACAUCAAAACUAAAUGUGACAGAGAUUACAUUUUAGUAUGUGAUCACCACUCAGCAAUAAAUAGAAACGAGAUGACAAAUGUUACGUUGUUCCAAUAUUGAAGACCAAUUGGAAUCACACGUAUAUGCAGAAACGAAGAUUCACAUCGCAGAGUUCUGUGUUUAUGCGUGGAAAAGCUUCCAUUCCCAGUUCUGGAAAUAUUUAGUUGAUUAACCCUGCCUCGCUGCUGUCUAACCGAAUUUCUGAGAAAGGAACAUAGAAAUUUGCCUACUUAUCAUAAAACUAUCUUUUUUAUUUACCUUGUAUCAGACCGAGGCUGAAGUCAAUGUGGAUGGGGUGCCUGUGGCAAGUCCGUUUUUCAAUUAUUUCAAGACCACGGCAACCAAAAUGCAUGCCCGCAACAGGAGAUCAACUCAGCAUCCAAAGGUGGCAUCUAGGCCCGCACAUGCACCACUCCUCUUCAAGUGUUGCGCUGUUGAUUACAUAAAAGAAGAAAAUCGACUGGAAAUCAGGAAAGGGGAAUACGUUGGUAAAGUAGUUGCGAAGGACACCACAGCCGAGGGUCUUGUAAAGCGUGAUGACGAAGAUUAUGACAACACUUCGGUGGAAAUUUUCUCAGACGAGACUGAUGGACCAGGUGAGAUCUUUAGGUACUUUUUAUGCCACAUAAUUUGAAAACGGUAUUUAAACUCUGAAAAUGCAGCAAUAAAUUUUUGUGUACACUGGAGAACAGAUCAAAUGAUAACUGUCCCCGAUCUGCUAUAAUAUUCAACCGAUUUGGACACAGUUUUCAAAAAGUUGCAUUUUCUUCGACCGUAUAUUUGUAAUAGCGUUGGUGGUAGACUUAAUGUCAAUACAUUGUUUAAAUUAAAAAGAAUCUGAGAGUUUCAAAUUGAUCAAUAUCUAACUAAGUGAAACUUCUUUUCACUGAACCAUUUCCUGUCUGACUUUCGAGCCUCCAUACCACUAGGAUAAAGAGAAUUCGACAGUCUGUAAGGCUGCAUUUUUUCCUUUUUUGUUCUGGAAACAAUGCAAUGCUUACAUUAACUAUAGAACCACUUGUCUACAUCUGCCGGAAUUUUACCGACCCAUACUCGCUAAAACUUGUCCGAAGUUUGCUGCUUUAAAAUGAACUGCCUGUGUCAAACUAUUUCACAAAGUUUACAGAGCCGGUGAAUAAUGAUCCAAGUCGGCAAUACACACGAACUACAAGAUUGUCGCGGUUUCGGAACUGGGCGGAGAAAUAUAGCCAACAGGAAUCGGUUGGGUAGAACCGGCACCUAAGUUUCCUGCUUUUCAAUCAAUCAGCCCCUCUCACUCCGCAAGAUGUCAAGAAACUGGACUCGAUGCUUCAAAAUGUUCUUCUACCUGUGAAGAACAUAGACAAACGCAAGGAGCAGGUUAGAAAGUAUCUUCGUUGGGUAAGUUAAUCUAAGACAUCGUUCACGUUUGAAUUAAACAACCUCCACAUCAAUAGUAAACAUAACUGUAAAAGAGUAGGUUCUACGGUGUGAAUACUAUCUCAUCGAGAAAUGGCUAUAACAAUAGUGCAAUUUAUCCAAAUCUAGUGUACAACGGUAAGAAUUUAAGUAAAACUGUUCGGUGCGUGCAUCUGGAAGAAUUUAUCACUGAAUUCCGCUUUUCUUAAAUUGUUGUUUUGUUAUUAUUAUUACUGAAAUAUGCAACAAAGCCUUCGUGAAAUUUCCAAGUUACUGCGUUGUUCACUAUGCUUUCACCGUCAAGUUAUUUCGAACAAGAAGUGAUUUAAGAUCAUUGGUUCAUACUCUAUGAUACACACGUAUUUAGCUAGAAACCUUGUCUACUUGACCACAGUUAAAUCGUAGUCCUAUUUUUUCACCCCAAUUAAUUUGAUACCUUUUUUUGGGGGGGGAGGGGGGUUAAAAUUGUCUUUACUACCUUUCAACUAAUUCGAUAACUUGAUCUAUAUAAUACAUCUAAACAAAUGGGCAGCGAAAAAACUCGUGCGAAGGUAAAACAAAGAGUUAGGAAAUUUGAAUACAGCUAUAGUACGUUCCUCUUUAAUUCUUUAACUGAUUGUAUAGAUGUGUAUCUAUGUAUAUAUAUAUAUAUAUAUAUAUAUAUAUAUAUAUACAUAUUAAAUAAAUAUGCGUAUGAAAUAUACGCAAAUUUACAUACAAGAGUGUUUUUGAUGAGAACACAUGUUUCACUUAUUUCAUGUACAUUUUCAAAUUGCAACGUUUUUGAAAACGGACGGACAUAUAUAUAUAUAUACAUAUUUAUAAAAUAAUUCAAAUAGUACGCGCGCUCUGAUUGGCCAUAAAACCAUUUCACAUGAACGUAUGUAAACACGGUUUUCAUUCCUCCUUCAUUAGUUAUUUUAUAAAAGAAAUGUAAAAUGGUUUCCGUGUUUACAUAGCCUGAUGUAAACACUUGGGAGGUUGGGAGAACACUCGAUAAGCUUCGCGUCGUGGUUUCCUACGCUUAUCUCGUGUUCUCCCAACCUUCCGCGUGUUUACAUCAGGCUAUGUAAACAAGGAAACCAUUUUACAUUUCUUCAAUAUAUAUUGAUUAGACAGUAACUCCUUCAACUGAACUUCCGUUCUGAGAGAAAUAGAAAAGUUAAGUAGAGUUUCCCCACGCUUACAUCCCAAUUAUUAUUAUUUUUUAAAAGUUUGAAGCAGCAAUGGUAUCAGAGCAGGAUGAGGUCCUAAUUAAAGACUCAGUAGCACCGGAUGACUGUGAACUUCUCAAACUUGCGUCUCUUUCCGCCUCAGAGGGAUCAACUGUGCUGGACAUGUCAUCCCUCACAAAACCAGAUAUUCACGGAUACGUUGUUGUCCUCAAACACCUUUUAGGUAAUUGACGGCUUCAUGAUACAGAUGUCAAUAUCAGAAUAUCUAAUUUUUCAAAACAUGGAAUCCACACAACUCGCAGCGAUCAUGCUUUUCAUACAUUUCUGAAGUGACGUUUAAAAUGUAACUGCAAGAUUUAACAUGUCGUUUUUGCUUUUAUGAAGGUCACUGUUACCCACCAAAACUCGUGUGAAAGGAAAAACAUCAUUAUGAAAAUAUCUUACUUUAAUUUAAAAUCAUAAGUUGAUAUAACAUUUCCAUGAUAUGAGUAUACAUUCAAGUGAUUACCACAUUCAGUGCUCUCAAAUUGUGUUUUAAAAUUGUCUUUCACGGUAUAGAUUGUUGCAAAUCGAUCAUUCGAGUGACUGAAAUAAGACGAUUGUAAAUUACUCCUCGUGAUAUGCAUGCGCAUUCUUUUUUUAAAAUCUGAAUUAAAAGUGCAGAUCAUUGCCAAUCCGCAAAAUUAUGGCGCCACACGCUGUCACUAGCGAGGAGACUUGCGACGACUUGCGAAAACAUUAAUAAAAUAUUCUUUCUGAAAGCAUUUGUGUUUCUUUUUCCAACAGAGUUGACAGAUGAAAAGUGGAGAAAAUUGGAGCAGUACAAUGCAGAAUCUGAUUGACCACGACUGUGAUAACAAUGGCCAAUAUACUUCUGAUACUAGGAUAGAAGUUUUCUAUUUUAAACGAUUAAGGUUUGAGCUGAGCACGUUUGCUAGAAGUAAUUUUAAUAUCAAUUUCCGCUUCAAUCUUUACCAUUGAGUUAUUUCCACUUGUGAAAAGUUGUCCACGUAAGAUCGCUUUGCGAUUGAGUGUUGCGAGACCAAAAUCAAACUCAUCAAAAUAGACCAAUUAGAAUAAUGGAAAUUCUGCAGCGAACCAAUAAGAACCUACAGUAAGACCACGAAUCUUCUUUAAGGGCAGCAAUUGGGAUUUAUUGGAUUUAAGUUCUGCUUCCCCCCCCUCCCCGUGUUAUAAUAAGUAAUCUAUAGUAUGCAAGAGAUUUGUCCAAAAUUCGACAAUGAUUAUCCAUAUCAUAGGAUCCCACGAAAUACCGACGGCUUCGCCAAGGACUUCGUUCUAUGAAAAGUAUCUCUGAUUUUCGUGAGAACUUUAAAAUACGCAAUAUUCCUUUACUCCUUUGCAUCCGUGGUGGGUCAUAUUUACUCUGUGUUUUCAUUUGCUUCUCCUUUUAUUCCCUGCCUUCUUCUUUGAGAUGGGAUAAGCGUAAGAUUCUAGCUAACAUACAAUGAUGUCUGGCCAGUAUCUUCGGAGAGAUCAGCCAACUGGGUUUUUCCAUUGAUUAAACAGCAAGACUCAUCAUUUUCUCUUCUUUGAAGCAAUGCAGUCAUCGCAUCUAAAGAAUCGCGAAUACCUAGCUGUCUAAAUUGGAGGACAUGUUCCUCCAACAUUUAUAAAGGACAUUUCCCCGCUGCAUUUUUGUGUGUAUGGCGGUAUGUGUGGGAAUCACGAAGUUCUGUCAUUAUCUCACGUCCCAGCAACACGCCCAUGCCACAUAACGAUUAAUGCGCACGGCACAUCAAGUUACUCCUCCUACAUUUUUCAGGAUCAUGUCCACGUUACAAGAUUCCCUGUGUGGGACCACCAUCAUCUUACAUUUUAGAUAAUUCUCUAAAGUGACAGAGAACUAUUCUAGGGGUUUGAGUAGCCGAAGAAAGACGUCUGGUAGUCAGAUAUUCCAACUUUAAUAUCAUGAUAUAACAUUUUUAAAUCAAUAGGGAUUAUGUAGAUUAUGAUCUUUCAAGAGCUAAAGUUUUGAAAGCUGAAAGUAUAAACCUCAUUAACUCUUCGUAUCUAAUUUAAAAGAACAACGAAGCGCUAUUCUAACCUACCCAUUUACUUCUGCAAGUUUUUCAACGAGAUCUAAAAUUGAAUUAGCGAUUGAGAGCAUGACUGGUCUAUUUGAAAGGUGAUUUUUAUGUGGACAGCUUUUCUCUUCCCUUAGAUGAUUCCAAGUAACUGUAAUCAUAGCAUGUAACCCAAAUAACUAAGACCGUAGAGUUUGUUUGCUGUAAGCUAUAAAUUCCAAAAAAUUAAGUAAAUUGUAUCAGUAUUGGUGUUUCCCUGACUUUAAGUCUGUCACUUUGUGUUUUUGGCCUAAAAGCAGCUUUGGGGACUAAGGAUGGUAACAUGUAGAAGUAACUGCGUUAUUCUAAACUUCAUAAUUAUCUUAAGUUUUUUCCAUUUAACUCGCCGUUCUCCUUAAAAUUAAUACUUUCGACAGAAAACAACGGCGUCAGCUACAAGAACGGGGACAAACAAAAUAAACAGCGAGAGAGUGCCUUUUAAAGUUUGAAUAGCUGAAGUACAAGAAUUUCUGUGGAGUAAAACCCCGGUGGCAAUUUUUUAUGCUCCAAUUUGGCAUCCUAGUUACGUGCUUUCGUCACAGAUUAAGCUUAAGAUGGAUCUGCCACCGAUUAAGAAUAUGAUUAUGGCCAUUAGCAAACUUGUCGGGAUAAAUGAGUUGAUUUUUUAAGCAAUCAUUUUCCUUGGUGUCACAGUCAUAAUCGUUUUGUUUCUUAAU